UUCAAAAAGAAAAAAAAUUGUUCCACAGAACAGAAGCUCUGAAAAUCAACCAAAUUGACUUCUUGCGAAUGCUUCCAGUGCCGCUCGAUUUUGACGCUGCCGCCGAUUUCAUCAUAGCGGCUAGGGAAGCCACUUGGAAAUUCGACGGAAGAAAAUCCUACCGAUCAUAGAUUUAUAGAAACAAGAUGGCCGCGGCGCCGCACAACUACUUCCCGCCGGCGUCUCUCACUACUAGCGGACGGCCGGUCCUCCUUCCCGAUGAGGUUGAAUGCCAGCUUCUUUCAGGGGUCGACCUCGAAUCUGAAGACAACGCUAGCGGUAGUAACUCUUCCGGUUCUUACGAUUUCUCUCCUUUGAAAUCGGGCGUACUCAUCCUUACAACCCACCGCCUACUCUGGCUGUCCUCCAAUUCCAGCAAUACAACGGCAAUCGCCAUUGCUCUGGGAUCAAUCACCCACAUUUUCUCAGCGAAGAAGUCGAUCAAGGCCAUGUUCCACUCUCCGAGGUUCAGGUUCCAGGUCUCCGUGAACUCCAAGAGUGCCGUUGUUACGGUGGUCGUCAGAGGCAAAGGGGAUUGGGAAGCAUUCUUUGCUAAACUGUGGGAGAGUUGGAGGGCGAGAGCUUGGGAAACUUCUGAUACGGCUUCAAAGGAAUCUGGUGGUUCUGCGAGCAGCAGCAGCAGCAGCAGCUUGGUUCCUGCUCCAAGUUCAAGCUCUGGUGGGUUAUACUCGAGUGAUGGAUCGGUGAGGAUGGUUGGAGUCGCUGGAAUAUUGAGGAAGGAGCAAGAAAUGUGGGAGAAUACAGAUAAGAGCUUGCAGGAUGCUUUUCAGGACUUGAAUGCUCUCAUGAGUAAGGCUAAAGAGAUGAUGACACUAGCAGAGAAAAUGAGGCAAAAGCUUUUGUCUGGUUCAAAUUCUCAAACUAGUUCAGGCAAUGAUGAUGAAAUGGGCUCCAAAGAGAUCCAAGACUGGUUGUUAAGUGUCGGUAUCAUAUCCCCUGUUACAAAAGAAUCCGCAGGUGCCCUGUACCAUCAGCAAUUGUCUCGUCAGUUGGCAGAUUUUGUGAGAGUUCCUCUUGAAAGAGCUGGAGGGAUGAUCAACCUGAUAGACAUUUACUGUCUCUUCAAUCGUGCUCGGGGCACAGAGUUGAUCUCGCCUGAAGAUUUGUUACAAGCCUGCUCUCUUUGGGAGAAGUUUGAUGUACCAGUCAUGCUUCGGAAAUUUGAUAGUGGUGUGAUGGUCAUCCAGAACAAGGCCCAUAGUGAUGAAGAGGUGUUUGCUCGAAUCAAAGCUCUUGUGACAAAGCCAGAUGCUUUUACAUAUGGGAUAAGUGCUAGUGAUGCUGCAAUGACCUUGGGUAUUGCUCCAGCAAUGGCCAAAGAGCAUCUUCUGUCUGCCGAGAGCAAAGGUUUGCUGUGCAGGGAUAUCAGCCCUGAUGGCUUUCGCUUUUACGUCAACUUCUUUUCUGAGAUUGAUCCCAACAACCUGUACCUGGUAAAAGACCAUAGUCUCUAUUCCGUGUGGAUCAAAGCUACAGCUGCUUCUUAGAGAUUCAUUUCUUCGUUGGUAGAAGGUGAGAGCUGCUGUUUAGAAACCAAUUCUUUCCCACUCUUGUUUGGUUGUCUAUUUACACUACUAUCUUUUCCACUUGGGUUUUCGGAUGAUAGCAAAUCAGGAGAAUCAAUGGCAUGUUUUCUUCUACACGUUUCAGGAGGAUCCAUUAGUCAGACUCCCAUCAUUGAUCGACAAUGAUUUCUUGUCCAUGUUCCCUUCUGUGAGCAUAAAUGGCAGCAGAGAUG